AUGGAGUCGAAAGGAAAUAUUGAGAAUCAAAAGAAUCGUGUUCGAGGCGAAAAUUGGACCCAAGAGGAAAAGGAUCUGUUUUUGGAAAUAAUGAGGGAGUCAGCGCCUGUUAUAGAGAGUAAAUUUACCGAUACUAAUACAAAUAAAAGAAAGAAUCUGGAUCUUAAGGAACUCACUGGGAAAUCCAGAGAGAUCACGCAGUUAAAGGGUUUCUGGAGACGAACAAAAGUGGCUGCAAAUAAAUCUGUGUCACAACGUAGAAGAGCUUUGCAAGCUACUGGUGGUGGACAAAGGCCAACAUCUCCAGGUGAUGAUCACCUAAAGACAAUGGAACUCUGCCCAACAGAUUUUGUUAUAGAAGAAAAUCUUUAUGACAGCGAUGCGGUCCCACAACUACAAGAUGAAAUCCUACCAGCAGAGGAACCCAGAGGAACCAGCUGUACAGCAAAUGAUUACAGUGGUAAAUGUGCAUAG